AUCGGGCCGACAGUGCCGACACGCGAACGAUAUUCCGAGAGCGACAAGCGAUAAUCUCGGUGGGGGAGGUGGCGCGCUCGCUGCACGGCCACGGCAAUUCCGUGCUCCCUUUCCCCUCCGCUCCCCUUCCUCCUUCUGCCUCCUUCGCCCCCGCGCUCCCCUCGUCUCUCGCGAAAGCCGCACGGUGCCGCAGCGGGGUAGACCGUAGACCUCGUGGUGGACUCGGGCUCUCCGACUCGGCCAUAUUGGAUAGUGAAUGACUCCGUUACACAGGGGCUCAAGAGUAGCCGUGAAACCUUCGCAAGAUCCUCGACGCCGUGAGGAUACUGAGCCAAGAUGGAAAACGAGUACACAGUUACGGUCACGAACAAGUUCCUGCUGGCGCUCGACGAGAGCGAGGAUCCUCUGGAGGUGCUAAAAGUGCGCGAGCAGGAGAAAGAAGCCAAGAAGAAAGAGAGGAUCUCGGAGAAGGAGAAUAAGAGCAAGCAGCAGCACCAACAGCAGCAUCAGCAGCAACAACAGCAGCAGCAGCAACAGCAGCAGCAACCGCAGGACGGUCAGAAGGCGGCCAACAACAAGACGCAGAAGAGUCGCGUGAUCAAGGACGCCCAGCAACCGCCGUCGAAGGCGCAGGAAGCUAAAAAGGAUCAAGUUGAUAAGAAGCCGACUCAACCAAGGGCCACUGGUGGCGACCGCAACGUCAAAUUUUCUGGUGAGUCUCGCGAGGAGCGCAACAACAGGCGCAACCGAGAGGAUGGAGAAAGGGCGCUGCGAGGACAAGGAGAGUUCAGGCGAGGACCUCCUAGUGAAGGCCGCGAGACCCGCGAAACCCGCGAGUCCCGCGAAUUUCGAAACACGAGUGAGACCCAACGCGGCGAAUAUGGCGAGCGUCGUGGACGUGGUGGGAUGCGCGGUAUGGGUCGCGGACGUGGUGGCCCUCGUGGACGCGGCGGUUUUGAUAAUCGCGGCAAACGCGAGUUCGAUCGUCAAUCCGGUUCUGAUAAAACAGAGAGCCUGAAUCAAGAUAGUCAAGAUUGGGCCAAUGAUAAACCUGACUCUGAUCCCCAACCGCCGACUGAAGUUAAAAAUGGAGAAACAACCGCGGAUACGACUGUUGAGGAGAAACCGGCUGAGGAAGAAACGCGCGAACUUACUCUGGACGAAUGGAAAGCUUUACGAAAUAAUAGAGCGAAGCCUCAAUACAAUUUGCGAAAGGCCGGUGAAGGUGAGGAUCUGUCACGUUGGAAAAAGAUGUACGCUCUUGAAAGGAAGAAGGAGGGUAACGAGGAAGAGGAGGAAGAGGAAGAGGAGUACGACGCGGCCGCGGAGUAUCCUCAGCGCGUCGGCAGGCAGAAACGUGUGUUGGGCAUCGAAAUCCAGUUCAGUGACUCACGACGUGGUUCCGGCGGUCGGGGCCGAGGCGGCCGCGGUCGUGGCGAUCGUAUGAACGGCGGCCGUGGAUUUGGAAAUCGUGGCGCUCCUAGAGACGGUGAUACACGCUCACAGAACGAGCAAAGGUCGCCGAGAAGUCGUCAAAACGCUCCGAAGGUAGACGACGAGAAUGACUUUCCUUCCUUGGGAUAGGUAGCUUCAUCUGUUGACUAUACAACAUCCCACCAUUGCCGUCACCAUCAGUACAUUUACUACAGAUAAAGCUACACUAACUAAAAAAUAUUACUAUCGAGAAUCUUGCGUUAGUGAUAACUAUUAUUAAUGCAUAAUACAGUACACCGUUACAAAAAUGAGAUACGUAAUAUUAUCUAAAAAUUCCUCUCGUGACUUGAACGUCAGAAUUACACAUUGGCAUAUAAUCGUACACAUGAAAAGUUGCAUGAUGUAUGAAGAAGCAAAGCAAAUAGAUAACGAUCCUUUUUUGUACUUGUGGGAAGCCAUUUGUCUGUAACUAGUCCGAGACACUGGCCAGCGGACGAACGAUCUGUGAAGAAUGGAGCAUAGUCUCUGAACUUGUUAAUAAUUUUGAAUCCAUAAUGAUGACAGAAAUAUAAAGAAGAGCGAGAGGGAGAGAGAGAGAAAGAAUUUAAGCGGACCAGCAAGCAUAAAACGUUGAGGAGUAUAUACUUCAAGUUACAGUUUCAAUCUGCUUAAAUCUGAAUCGAAGACAAUUGCUGAAAGAAGGGGAAAUUUUGCUGUAUACAAAAGUAGUAGAAUGUGGGCUGCGGUAUCGAUCUUGAUCUCGAUGUCGCGUUAAAGGCCUAAAGGAGGCUGGAUGUAGCAUCGAUACACGCGCGAACAUGUAAAAUAUCUCUUUUUUAGGCGUAAAUUUUAAACGCACUUUCUGUUUUAUAAGUUUUAUACGACAUUUGGAAAAGAAGAAUCCUUCCUUGUGAAACACACACACACACACACACAUGUACACAUACACAUACAUACACUGGCGAGUUUAAUUACUUGCCAUGCGUAAAAUGUAAGAAACUUAACAGGAAGGGUAGAUUUCUAUUUAAGAAAACGCAUCCUAAAUAAAUCAUCUUAGAACUUGCUAAGUUUGACAUAUAUAUAUAUAUAUAUAUAUGUAUACAUAGAGAGAGAGAGACUUCCCUUUUGAUGAUGUAGUCGAUCUUGCGAAGUUAACGUUUAAUAUCUUGAACACACAUUGACACAGUUUUAGGAUGGAUAUAUAUAUAUAUAUAUAUAUAUAUAUAUAUAUAUAUAUCAAAUAAACACAUGGAUAUGUAUACAUGUAUGUAUUCUAUUAUAAUUGAGAGAAGUGAGAAACGUGAUGCGCUGAGAGGGAAGAUAGAACGAAUGAGUCUACACUCAUAUUGCUAUGUUACACUUAUGCGUUCUCAUAUUCUUAAUUACAAACUAAUAUUAGUUAUUUACUAUAUUUGUUAUACAAUUAAAGAAAUUAUCGCAGCCAAAAGAUACACCUCAUGUCCAUCAUAGACGGAAAGAAAAGAAGAUAACAGAAAAACGUUACGAAGCUGUUUGAUGCUUAGGUAUAUGUGUAAAUAACAUUUACAAUAAUAAAUUGUGACGAUGAUCGGACA